UAAAACUCCCGCGAUACCACGAUGCUCUGCUAAACCACUAACGUCGGCAGGUGCACGCCUACGCUGAAUAAACCCAUCGACUGUAAUCCUCAUUGUACACAGCGGAAUCUUCUGCGGGUUUUUUCUGCCUCACUAUAAGUGUGUUACGCAUAAAGCAAAAAUGGACAAUUCUGGAAAGGAGAAGGAAGCGAUUCAGCUAAUGGUCGACGCUGACAAGAAAUGCAAGACCUCUGGCUCUUUUUUGGGAGGGAUGUUUGGAGGAGGACCUCAGAAGGUGGAAGAAGCAUGCGAGAUGUACUGCAGAGCAGCAAACAUGUUCAAGAUGGCCAAGAACUGGAGUGCUGCUGGAAAUGCAUUUUGCAAAGCCGCACGUCUCCACAUGCAACUGCAGAACAAACACGACUGUGCCACCAGCUUCAUUGAUGCAGGAAAUGCUUUCAAGAAGUCUGACCCCAAUGAGGCAAUCAAGUGUUUAAAUGCUGCCAUCGAAAUAUACACAGACAUGGGAAGAUUCACCAUCGCAGCCAAACACCACAUCAAUAUCGCAGAGAUCUACGAGUCUGAACUGGUGGAUAUCGAAAAGGCUAUUGCACAUUAUGAACAAGCAGCAGACUACUACAAAGGGGAAGAAUCCAACAGCUCUGCCAACAAGUGUCUGCUGAAGGUGGGGGCUUACUGCGCCCAGAUAGAGCAGUACCAGAGGGCUAUUGAGAUCUACGAGCAGGUUGGAGCUAACACGAUGGAUAACACACUGCUGAAAUACAGCGCCAAAGAGUAUUUCUUCAAAGCUUCCCUCUGUCAUUUCAUCGUCGAUGAGCUCAACGCUAAGAUUGCUAUUGAAAAAUACGAGGAGAUGUUUCCCGCUUUCUCAGACUCUCGAGAAUGCAAACUGCUGAAGAAACUUCUUGAGGCUCAUGAGGAACAGAACAGUGAAGCUUUCACAGAGGCAAUAAAAGAUUUUGACUCGAUCUCACGUCUGGACCAGUGGCACACAACCCUCCUACUGCGCAUCAAAAAGACCAUCCAGGGCGAUGAAGGGGAUUUAAAAUGAAGAAAGAAUCUGGGGUGUAAAAAUGCAGCACAGAGGGACAAAUCCAUCACGCAUGCUUACACACACACACACAAUACACACACACUUUCACUCACCUCACUGCGUAUAGAAUCUGAAGACGACUUUGAAUAUUCCACUGCUCACUGCUACACCGUCAGAGUACUAUCUUUGCUUUCCUUACGAGCGUAUCUGAAUCUAGUCAGACUGUAAAUCCCCCACCCUCACCUCUGUCUAGAGGAUUGCUGCAUACCUUUUUUCUGCUGGAAUCUGUCCUUGGGGGGGGUGAGUGGUACUUUGUAUUGAAACUGAUGUUAGUAUUGACAAAAGCACUGCAUGUUUUGUACAAUUAUUGUUUCCUAGUCAGAAGUAGCUGUUUUUUUUUGUUUUUUUAAAUGUAGUUUAUGUUAUAUUUAAAACGAUUAUUCAAAUGUUCAGUUUGUUAUUCAUAAGAUUAUCAAGAAUGUACUAUUAUAUUUAUUUUUUAUUUGUUGGAGUAGGUCAAUGUGGUGUUAGGAAUUCCAGCCACAGAGAAAGUGAUUUUGUUUUCCAAUGUAUUACUACAUGGAGCGACUCUUCUCGAGGAAGAGCCAUGAUGUGCACCAAGGGUAGACUGUUAAACAUUUUGAUCUAAUCACUGAUUCUUUCCCUAACACACAUUCACACUGAAACUACUUCUGCUUCUUUUAAUAUUACUUUCGAUUUCUUCAUGUACUUUGAAUGUUUGUAUCUGUAAGCUGUGGUUUAUAGUUUGCCUGUGGAAGAAUGAAUAGCACUGACGUGGAAACCUUUCCUCCUUAUUUCCAGGGGCAGUAAUCUUAGGGGUUGUGUGCGUCAUUACUCAUCUCAUGCUGUGUUGUGAUGUGAAAUUAUCCUCGAGGGUUUACUACUGCAGUGCCCCUUCCAAACGGCCAGUCGCUAAAGCAUGUCAUUGUGUAUAGAUUAGCCUCGUGUUACAUUCUCUAGUGUGAGCCAGACCAAAGUUUUUACUAAAGGGUCGAGUCGCCCUCCGCAUCCAGCUUCUUCCACACGGAAUGACAAUGGAACUUGGAUAUGAUCUGUAUGCUAGUACGAAUGGACAAUAAUAAAUAUCUUAUAAUCCCA